AUGGGGUCUCAGGAUACAAAACAAGGAGCAGGCAAUCCUGGUGAGCAGAAUACAAACCCAAGACCUAAUACGAAAACAAAGAUGAAGACGAGAAAAGAGACAAGAGAUAUAGAAGAGCUAAAGAAAGAAGUGGUCAUGGAUGAUCACAAAUUAACCUUGCAAGAGCUGAGUGCCAAAUAUUCAGUGGACUUGAGAAAGGGUCUUACUCAUGAUCAGGCACAGAAAAUCCUAGAGCAAGAGGGACCUAAUACACUUACUCCACCCCCCACCAUUCCAGAAUGGAUCAAAUUCUGUAAACAACUGUUUGGUGGCUUCUCCAUCCUACUGUGGAUUGGUUCCAUUCUCUGCUUUGUCGCCUAUGGCAUCCAGUUCAGUUUCCAUGAAGAGUUUACCAAAGAUAAUCUGUACCUGGGCAUGGUACUCAGCAUCGUGGUCAUCAUCACUGGCUGCUUCUCCUACUAUCAGGAGGCCAAGAGCUCCAAGAUCAUGGAGUCUUUUAAGAACAUGGUGCCACAGCAAGCCCUGGUAAUUCGAGGAGGAGAGAAGAUACAGAUCAAUGUACAAGACGUGGUGUUGGGAGACCUGGUAGAAGUAAAGGGAGGAGAUCGAAUUCCGGCUGAUAUACGACUUAUCUCUGCACAAGGAUGUAAGGUAGACAACUCAUCCUUGACUGGAGAGUCAGAGCCCCAAACCCGUUCCCCUGAAUUCACCCAUGAGAACCCACUGGAGACCCGAAACAUCUGCUUCUUCUCCACCAACUGUGUGGAAGGAACAGCCAGAGGCAUUGUGAUUGCUACAGGAGACUCCACAGUGAUGGGCCGCAUUGCCUCACUGACAUCAGGCCUUGUAGCUGGCAAGACCCCCAUUGCUAUUGAGAUCGAGCACUUCAUCCAUCUGAUCACCAUGGUGGCCGUCUUCCUGGGGAUCACUUUCUUUGUGCUUUCACUUACGUUGGGCUACGGCUGGCUGCAGGCUGUCAUUUUUCUUAUUGGCAUCAUUGUGGCCAAUGUGCCUGAGGGGCUGCUGGCCACUGUCACUGUGUGUCUGACCCUGACAGCCAAGCGCAUGGCGUUGAAGAACUGCCUGGUGAAAAACCUUGAGGCAGUGGAGACACUGGGCUCUACCUCCACCAUCUGCUCUGACAAGACAGGCACCCUCACCCAGAACCGCAUGACUGUCGCCCACUUAUGGUUUGAUAGGACCAUAUAUGAAGCCAACAUCACUGAAGACCAGACUGGAAAAACAUUUGCCAAGGGCUCUCCUACUUGGUUCAUCCUAGCCCAAAUCGCUGGCCUGUGCAAUCGUGCUGACUUUAAGGCUAAUCAAGAGAUGCUUCCAGUAACUAAGCGUGAGACAACUGGUGAUGCUUCUGAGUCGGCCCUGCUCAAGUUCGUCGAGCAGUCUUACAGCUCUGUGGUGGAGAUGAGACAGAAGAACCCCAAGGUGGCAGAGAUUCCCUUUAAUUCUACCAACAAAUACCAGGUGUCCAUCCACCUUCAGGAGGACAGCUCCCAUAGCCACAUGCUGUUGAUGAAGGGGGCUCCCGAGAGGAUCUUGGACUUUUGCUCUACUUUCCUGCUGCAUGGGAAGGAGUACCCAGUGGACAAUGGCAUGAAGAACGCCUUCCAGAGUGCCUACCUGGAGCUGGGAGGUCUGGGGGAACGGGUACUAGGGUUUUGUUUCUUGAAUCUGCCUGACAGUUACCCCAAGGGAUUCCCAUUUAAUACAGAAGAAAUCAAUUUUCCCAUGGAGAACCUUUGUUUUGUGGGGCUCAUAGCCAUGAUUGACCCCCCACGAGCUGCUGUGCCUGACGCUGUGAGCAAGUGUCGUAGUGCAGGGAUCAAGGUGAUCAUGGUAACAGGGGAUCAUCCCAUUACAGCCAAGGCCAUUGCCAAGGGUGUGGGCAUCAUCUCAGAAGGCACUGAGACAAUAGAAGACAUGGCUGCCCGGCUUCAGGUCCCUGUCAGCCAGAUUGAUCCCAGGGAUGUCAAAGCCAUUGUGGUGCAUGGCUCAGAACUAAAGAACAUGUCAUCAGAGCAGCUCGACGAUGUCCUCAAGAGCCACACAGAGAUUGUAUUUGCCCGGACCUCUCCUCAGCAAAAGCUCAUCAUUGUGGAGGGAUGUCAGAGGCAGGGUGCCAUUGUGGCAGUGACAGGUGAUGGAGUGAACGACUCCCCCGCACUAAAAAAGGCUGACAUUGGCAUCGCCAUGGGCAUCACUGGCUCUGAUGUCUCUAAGCAGGCAGCCGACAUGAUCCUGCUGGAUGACAACUUUGCCUCCAUUGUCACGGGCGUGGAGGAGGGCCGCCUCAUCUUUGACAACCUGAAGAAAUCCAUCGCAUACACUCUGACCAGCAACAUCCCCGAGAUCACCCCCUUCCUGCUCUUCAUCGUCCUCGGUAUACCACUGCCUCUGGGAACGAUAACCAUUCUCUGCAUCGACCUGGGCACUGACAUGGUCCCUGCUAUCUCCUUGGCUUAUGAGACAGCUGAAAGUGACAUCAUGAAGAGAGCUCCACGGAAUGCAAAGACUGACAAGCUGGUGAACCACCGUCUCAUCAGCAUGGCCUACGGACAGAUUGGCAUGAUCCAGGCUCUGGCAGGAUUCUUCACCUACUUUGUGGUCCUGGCUGAAAAUGGUUUUAAGCCUUUGGAUCUGCUUGGCAUCCGCCUGAACUGGGAGGAUCAAUAUUUGAACGACCUGGAGGACAGUUACGGACAGCAGUGGACUUAUGAGCAGCGGAAGGUGGUGGAGUUCACUUGCCACACGGCCUUCUUUGUCAGCAUUGUGAUUGUACAGUGUGCUGACCUCAUCAUCUGCAAGACCCGCCGCAACUCAGUCUUCCAGCAGGGCAUGAAAAACAAGAUCCUAAUAUUUGGGAUUAUGGAGGAGACAUCCCUGGCUGCUACUCUAUCUUACACUCCAGGCACGGACAUGGCCCUGCGAAUGUACCCUCUCAAGGCAACCUGGUGGGUCUGUGCCAUGCCCUACAGCCUUCUUAUCUUCAUGUAUGAUGAAAUCAGAAAAUUCAAUAUCCGACGAAGGCCUGGCGGCUGGCUGGAGCAAGAGACCUACUACUGA